GUUUCCUCUCGCCUUCCUCCCGUUUCCUCCCCGCCAGUCGGCCCCGCCCCCACGCACGUGCCGCCGGCCAUGGCGCCGAAGAAGACAGGCACGGCCUUUGCCGUGGCCUUGAGCACGGCCUUCCCAGAGAGCCCGGCGACCGCCACGCCCAAGGCCGCCCCGCAGCCGCAGGCGCUGGGCAGCCCCGCUGGGGCCGCGGGCGGCACGCCCGCGAAGGCCGCGCGCGGGGGCCGCCCGAAGAAGGCCACCGCCGAGCCCGACGCGGCAGGCGGCGCCGCCGAGAGGGCGGCCUGCGCGACGCCGCCGCCGAGGAAGCGCGGCGGCGGGGCCGGCAAGGCGGUCGCAGAGGAGGCCCAGGGGGCACCCGAGGCAGCCACCGAGCCGCCCCUCAAGAGGGGGAAGAGCUCGUCCGGCGCGCUGAAGCUGCCCGUGCCCCGCUCUCCCACGCCGCGCGCGCAGCAGCCCCCAGAGGGCAGCAGGGUGCUCCGGCUGCUGUCGAUCAACGUGGCGGGGCUGAGGCCCGUGCUCGCGGGGGACAAGGCGGCGGUGCUGAAGGCCACGGUGGAGCGCGAGGCGCCCGACGUGCUCUGCCUCAGCGAGCACAAGCUCAAGGGCGAGGACGUGGGGGCCGCCGAGGAGCGGCUCCGCGAGCUGCUGCCCGAGUACACCGCGGCGCGCUGGGCAGUCAGCACCGCCAAGAAGGGCUACUCGGGCGUGGCCGUGCUGCUCCGGGGCCCCGCCGCGGGCGCGGGGCAGGCCGCGCCGAUCGCGGACCCUGCCGCGGUGGCGGCCGCCGCGACGGAGGGCAUGGGCGAGGGGCUGGACAAGGACACGAUCAUCUCACAGGAGGGCCGCCUGCUGACCCUCGAGUUGCCCGAGCUGCUCAUUGUCGCGGCGUACGUGCCGAACUCUGGCAUGGACCUGAAGCGGCUGGCCUACCGCACCGAUCGGGGCCUCGAGAGCUGCUGGGACCGCUCUCUGGGGGAGUACGUCUGCAGGCUGCGGGAGGCCAGGGGCAAGCCCGUCGUCGUGAUGGGCGACAUGAACUGCGCCCACCGCGUCCAGGACAUUUGGAACAUGCACGAGAGGCCCGACUUUCCCGAGGGGCUCUCUGCGAAGCCCGUGGACGCGCAGUACACCGGGCUCACGGCCCUGAAGAAGCAGUCUGGCCUGACGCCCGAGGAGCGCCUGUCUCUCUCCUCGCUGCUGGAGCGCGCGGGGCUGGUGGACACGUUCCGGGCCGUUCACCCAGAGGCGAGCGGCGUGUUCUCCUUCUUCUCGCAGCGCACCGUCCAGAACCGGCCCCUGAACCGGGGCCUGCGCCUGGACUACGCCCUGGCCUCCGACGCGCUCUGCGCCCACCUGCGAGACGGCGCGCCGCCGGCGGCGGCGCUGCCUCGGGUACACGACAGCUUCAUCCUGGACGAGUGCGAGCAGGUGGCGGACCACUCCGCCGUGGGCUGCUGGGUCCUGCUGCCGCCCGCUGCGCCAGCAGCGGAGGCGGCCGGGGGGCCUCAGGCUAGCGCCUGACGAGGAGCGCGCGCGGAGCACGGCCAGCUCCGGUCUCCGGUCAGGACCGUUCUCGAUCUGCCUCACCUCGUCUGACCUUCUGCCCCUUCCUGGGGUGGCUGCCGCACGGCCCGCGCUGGGGGGGGGGCGAAGGGAGGCUCCGAGUGCCACGCGCGAUACUCGGGCGGCGGCCGCGGGCGCCCAGGGGUGUGCGCCAGCCAGCGGCAGAGAAGGUCGCGCCGGCAGCAGGAGAGGAUCGGCGGCGCGUGCACCGCGG